AUGUACACUUUGCCUCCGUCGUCGCUGUUGCACUGCCUCUCGCCUGCUCAGAAAGUCGAGGUCUUGGACCAUCUUUUCGAGCCUUGCUCGACGCUAGCAGGCCUCCUCACAGACACUGUGAUGACGAAGCCGCACGCCAACUAUGGAGAUUUCGUCGAGAGCGCCCGGCGCUUUCUCGCCGAAUAUUUGCGUCGCCAAGAACAGCGCCCGCCCAUUUCGCCCGCCGUUUCCAAAAUCAUUUCGGCGCACCCUCGCCUCGGGCCUUCCAAAGAUAAGCUUUCUUCUCACUCUGCCUCGGAACAGAGUUCGCUAGUAGGCAGCGCAGAGGAGGCCCAGAAACUCGCGCAGCUCAACACGCUCUACGAAAAGCGCUUUCCGGGGCUCCGCUACGUGGUGUUUGUCAACGGCCGGUCUCGCGAAGAAAUCAUGCUCGACAUGGAGUCUCGGAUUGCACAGGGCGACAUUCUGCUGGAGCGGAGGCAGGCCUUUGAUGCCAUGUGCGAUAUCGCGCUCGACCGGGCCUCCAAAUUGGGUGCGAAGUUGUGA